AGAGAAUCUUCAGAGAUGCCUGUAACUACAAUUGAGCCUUUAGAUUUGAUUCGUUUUCAAAUUCCUUAUCAUUUCAGGUGUCCAAUUUCACUUGACCUCAUGCGUGACCCUGUCACCGUCUGCACCGGUCAAACCUACGACCGAUCCAGCAUCGAGUCCUGGAUCGCCACCGGUAACACCACUUGUCCCGUCACUCGUGUCCCUCUCAAUGAUUUCACUUUUAUCCCCAACCAUACCCUUCGCCGACUUAUUCAAGAUUGGUGUGUCGCCAACCAGGCUUUUGGUAUCCAGCGGAUUCCCACGCCUAAACAACCUGCCGACCCCACCAUGGUUCGGGCUUUACUGGCUCAAGCUUCGUCUGUUUCGAAUCCGUUUCAGUCUCGUCUUUCGGCUCUGCGUCGACUCAAUGGCAUCGCUCGUGAUUCUGAUAAAAACCGGUGUGUUAUUUCUUCGCAUAACGCACGGGAAAUACUGAUAAAUGUCUUGUUUACGGAUACGGGUUCAGGUUCGUCGGUGUUGAAUGUGGAGGCGCUUGCUGUUUUAGUGAUGUUUCAACUUAGUGAACCCGAGUGCGAGUCGAUCGCUUCGGAUCCGGACAGAGUGAUAUACUUAUCGCAUAUGUUGUUCCAUUCCUCGAUCGAAGUCCGAAUCAACUCGGCUUCGCUCAUCGAAAUCGUUCUUUCCGGAACGAGAUCGUUGGAGCUCCGAGCUCAGAUAAUCAAUGUGGAUGAAAUCUUCGAAGGGGUGACGGGCAUAUUAAGGGACCUCAACUCUUAUCCCCGCGCGUUAAGAACCGGCAUUCGAGCUCUCUUCGCUUUGUGCUUAGUGAAACAAACCCGGCAGAAAGCGGUUCAAGCCGGGGCACCGGAGACGUUGAUCGACCGGUUGGCCGACUUGGAUAAAUGCGAAGCCGAACGAGCUUUGGCAACCAUAGAGUUGUUAUGUCGGAUUCCCUCCGGGUGUUCCGCGUUUGCUUCGCACGCGCUUACGGUCCCGCUGUUGGUCAAAACGAUACUAAAGAUCUCAGAAAGGGCGACGGAGUACGCCGCCGGUGCGCUGAUGGCGCUGUGCUCGAGCACGGAACAGUGUCAGAGGGAGGCAGUGAACGCGGGCGUUCUGACUCAGCUGCUGUUGUUGGUUCAGAGUGAUUGUACGGAAAGGGCGAAGAGGAAAGCUCAAAUGCUACUGAAGUUGCUUCGGGAUUCGUGGCCCGAAGAUUCCAUGGGGGAUUUGGACGAUUUUGGUUGCAGUGGAAUCGUACCCUUUUGAACUAAGAUUCUUACAAUUUUUCUUCUUUUCUUGUAGAAAGAUUUUAAUGUUAUUUUUUUUGUUUAAAAUGAAAGAGAAAUUUUAAAAAAAAUCCAGGUUUUAGACGGUGUAAAUGGAGAAAGACUGUAAUUUUUGUUCAAGGAAAGCAAAUGAAUGAUAGAUCUGUUGUUGGC